AUGACUGGCCCCAGCAAAAAUGGCCAUGAUAGUGGCAGUGCAAAGAAUCCGAGAAAGAUCCAGUCCCUCGUGUUAGAUGCAGCGCCACUUCUUGUGCAGGCACGUAUUACCGGCCUUGCCGACAAGUACUACAUUCCACCAUCCGUCGUGGCCGAGCUUCGUGAUGCACGCGCGCGCGAUUACUUGCACACACUACACACGACGGGCCAAAUUGAUCUGGAAGUUCGCGAACCUGGUGCUCAGGCGAUGAAGAAAAUCAUGGAUUUCGCAAAGCAGACAGGAGACUAUGCAGUGCUAUCGCACCCUGACUUGCAUGUGCUUGCAUUAACAUAUGCGCUCGAGAUUGAGGCGCAUGGCACAUGGCGCAUCCGUGAAUCUGUUGGCGGUAAGACUGGACAACAACUGCAUGAAGAGAAGCGCCUCCAAGAAAAAGCGACGAAGAAACCAGCCGCAGUAGAAAACCCAGGCACCAUUUCAGAGGCGGGCAAACCUGUAUUACCAACCAAAUGCCCUGUUGUUCCUGGAGCAGAUACGCCAGUGAGUGAGUCGGCUGACUCUGGCUCUUCAUCAAAGCCGUUGAAUCAACAGCAUGGCUCGGCGACAUCGACGCCGGCGCAUGCGACGCAGCGGUCAGACAUGCAGAGUGACAAGAAGCCACUGCACCAUCACAAUGAUGGGUUCACAACUGUGACGUCCAGGUCGCACAAGGAGCAGGAUUCCGAUGAAGACGACCUCAAUAAUGAUGAUGAUGAUGAUGAUGAUAACGAUAAUGACGAAAACAACGGCGGCGAAUGGAUUACGCCGGAGAAUAUAUUGCAUCACAAGAACAAAGCACUUGGCAUUGUUACAGAAGAGUCUUCCAUCGACACUCUAUCAGCAGCGUCUUCAUCGACAGCCACAAAGAGUCGUCGGCGUCGUCGUGGACGCAAAGGAGGAGCGCCUGCGCGUAUGAGUGUCGCUUGCAUGACCGGCGACUUUGCCGUGCAGAAUGUCUUGUUGCAAAUGGGACUCUACCUGGUCAGUGUCGAUGGCGCGCGUAUUGAGCGGGUCAAAAGCUGGGUUCUUCGAUGCCACGCUUGUUAUCGCAUCUGCAAAGACCCAGAGCGCAAGUUCUGUCCGAGUUGCGGCAAUGCAACACUCAUACGCACAUCUGUCACAACAGGUGGUGGCUCUGAUGCAGGAAUGCAAGUGCACUUGAAACCCAACUUCCAGUACAGAAACCGUGGAACUAUCUACUCGCUCCCGAUGCCCAAACCUGGGAGUGCCUCAGGCGGCCGGCCUAGUGGCCAGAGCCAGAAUGCCAAGACGGGCGUGCCGAUUUUGCGUGAAGAUCAGCUCGAAUGGCAGCGCGCUGUAUCGCAGCAGAAGGUGCAAAGAGACCGCGAGGAGCGUGCAUUGCAGCGAGCAUUGGAAAAAGGCCAUGACUCUCUCACAGCUCGAUAUGCCGACCCUGACUGGAUCCCAGACCUUCUCACUGGCGCACAUACACAGUCGAAGGGCGAAUUACCUGCACUUGGGAUAGGGCGAAAGAACCCGAAUGAGCGCCGUCGCCGACGUCGCUAA